CUACAUUAUUCCCCUUCCCACACACACACACACAUAUACACACCGCCGUGGAAAAACUUCGGACACCCCUCUCUUGCAUCGUGCUGCAGCCGAGUCAGAGACAACUGAUCACACUCCCCCAUCCUCCCACAUGUCUUUAGUCUCACGUCUCCUUCUCUUCACCCCUCCCCACCCCACAGCCACUGUCCUUAAAUAGGACGACCCGCAGGAAGGAGCAGAAGAGGAACGUGUCCACUGACAGGUAGUGUACACCGCUAUGACUGCAACACUUCUGCUGCUGCCGCUGCUGCUGCUGUUGCCGCUGUUCGCCGCCUCUGCCGCUGGAGCACCGCCGCCCGCAGCCACAGUGAGAGAGUAUUUUGUAGCAGCUGUGGAAAUCGGCUGGGAUUAUUCUCACCUGGAGGAGGAUGCUGACCCGCCGUCUGACCAGAGAUGGAAAUCUAAAGAUGUCAAACAAAAGUACAUCAAGGCAGUGUACCGGGAGUACACAGAUUCUACAUACACCGUGCCCAGGCCAAGACCAGCAUGGACAGGUAUUCAGGGUCCGGUGAUAGUGGCCCAGGCUGGAGACAGGGUGUUGGUCCAUUUCAAAAACCUGGCCUCUCAGCCGUACAGUAUCAGCCCUGUGGGCAUCACCUACGGGAAACAGUCCGAAGGAGCCGGCUAUGAUGACUCCACAGCUGGUCAGGAGAAGGAUGAUGAUGCUGUAUCUCCAGGAGGUUAUUACGAGUACGUGUGGGACAUCAAUCCUAAAGACGGGCCCACCAGCAGUGAUCCAGAAUGCCUCACUUACUCCUACUCCUCCCAGGUAGACACAGUCCGAGAUGUCAACUCGGGACUCAUUGGUGCCUUGCUCAUCUGCAAAUCAAGUGCCUUCACAGACGAAGGCGAGAGAAAAAAACAGGCAUUCGUACUGCUGUUUGCAGUGUUCGAUGAGACCAAGAGCUGGUAUGGAGAGGUGGGAGACAGGAUGAGCCGGGAAAGGUUUAAGAGGACCAGCGGAAGAAAGGAAUACCACACCAUCAAUGGAUAUGUUAACUCUACACUGCCUGGUCUGACAAUGUGCGCAACCCGCAAUUAUGUGUCGUUGCAUCUGAUUGGAGUGGGAACAGCUCCAGAAAUUCACUCCAUUAAGUUCCAGGAUCAUACUUUGAAGGUGUUAAAUCAUCGUAAAAUCACCAUGGAGGUGACACCCAUGACCUUCACUACAGCAGAACUGAGACCUGUGUCUACUGGGCGAUUUCUUAUCAGCUGUCAGAUCCAUGCACAUCGUACAGAUGGAAUGAACGCCUUCUUCACAGUGAAGACAUGCUCCGAGGCUUUGGCUCGAGCGCAGCCAAAGGACCAACGUAAAGUGAAACAAAAUGACUACGACGACUACAGUGACAACGACAGCGCAGAAAACUAUGAGAGUGCGUUUAACACCAUUAGCUUUCAGCACAAUAAGCCUAAAGUUCAAGUAAGGGCCAGCAGAGGUCAGGAGUACAAAACCUGGAAGCAUUUUAUUGCAGCUGAAGAAGUCACCUGGGACUACGCCCCUCAUCUUAAACCCACACACAGUGAGUUGACCUCUGGAUAUUUGCCCUCCUCCCCUCAUCACCUGGGCUACAAGUACAAAAAAGUGGUGUAUGUUGAAUACACAGACUCAUCUUUCACUGUGAGGAAAAGUUCUGACACGACGUUCUUUGGUCCACAGCUGAAAGGAAAGGUCAAUGAUCAGUUCCAGAUCACUUUCAAAAACAUGGCCAGUCGACCCUACAACAUCUACCCCAAUGGUCUCACCAGGAUCAGUCCACUUCAAAGAACCUCAAAUGAUGCAGAGAAAGACUUGCGCUCCAUGGGUAUUCCCCCCAACGGGACGUUUGAGUACCUUUGGAAGCUAACAACAGACGACGGACCCCUGGAGGGAGACCCCCAGUGUCUGACCCAGCUGUACCAGAGCACCGUCUCACCAGAGAGGGACUUGAUAUCAGGGCUGGUGGGAACACUGCUCAUCUGCAAGUACGAGGCCAUCAACAGGAAAGGUCAACUGUUGGCCCCAGAUAAAGAGUGGACUUUAAUGUUUGCUGUGUUUGACGAGAACAAAAGUUGGUACUUUAAUGAAAGCAUGCAGAAGUCCAGUCGGGACUCCUCCAGCCUCUCUGACUCUGAGUUCUACAGCUCUAACAUCAUCUACAGUGUGAAUGGAAUCAUGUUCAGUGGACGUCAGUUUGUGAUGUGUCAGUCUGAUGUCACCUACUGGCAUGUGGCCAACGUGGGAACCCAGAGUGACUUCCUGUCUGUGUAUUUUACGGGAAACCUCUUUGAAUCCCAAGGCCUGUACCAGUCAGUCCUCACUCUGUUUCCAAUGACCGGAGCAACAAUUCCUAUGGAGACCGAACUGUUAGGUGAGUGGGAGAUCAGUGCCUUUGACAGCAACCUCAAGAACCGUGGGAUGAGCAUCUUUUACACCGUGCGUCCCUGUGACACCGGGCAUUUUGGGUUAGUUGAUAGGGAUGAUGAUGAUGAUGAUUACAUACCUGAAUACAGCGAUCUGAUUGAGCUACAGCCCAGAGGCACCAGACCUCAAAAUCAUACUGUUUUAGUGCGGGUGUGCAAGAAAGUCCAAGAAAGUCUUAAUGACACUCAGACCACUGGUAAUAAAACUGUGUGUCACUUGAGGAGAGUCCCCGUGACACCAAAGAAGUCGAAUAAUGUGACGGAGGAAGAGAUUCCUGAAGACGUCCUGGAGGAGUUGGAGAAAAAUUGGAAUGGGACAUUGAGCCAGAAUAGUGAUGCCGGAGGAAAGACAAGUGUCAGAAAGAGUCGACAGGCGGAGAGGAAUUGGACUGACGGAGACGACAGCUCCGGGGCCUCAGAGGAGGACGCCAUUGGGAUACACAUCAGUGGAGAGUACAUGGAAAACAAGACUAACACUGUAGUGGAGGUGAAGUCUGUGGAGAGAAUUGAAAUACAACGUGAAAAGUCCAAGUCCAAGGCGGAUGAAGUGUCAGAAGAAGACAACGAGAUCCUGGUGAACAGUGAUCCACUCUGGAAACUCUUACCUUUGGAGCCAGGAAUAAUUAAGAAAAUAGAGGAAACUGUUUUGAGAAACGACAUCCAGGUUCAUCCUGAACCACACACUGUGCUGAGCUUGGACAAAAACAACACAGCUGAGAACAACAACACAUCACAGAUUGACUUGUCUCUAGAUGAAUAUGAUUACGACUACAGCGAUCAGAUGAACAACACGUCCGAUGCAUAUUACACAGGUUAUGUGGACCCUCGUUCUGGCGGGAGCAGCUUUCGCACUUAUUAUAUUGCAGCAGAGGAAAUCACGUGGGAUUAUGGCAUCAGUAAACCUCAUCAGCUCAUUAACAACAGAGAGAUGCGCCGAGGAAUGAGAAAGUUCCUGCCAGAAUAUAAGAAAGUCGUGUUCAAAGCCUACACAGGUGAGGACUUCCUACAUCCUGUAGACAGAGGAGAGCUGGAGGAACAUCUUGGAAUCAUGGGACCUUUCAUCAGAGCUGAGAUCCAUGACCUUGUUAAUGUAAUUUUCAAAAACAAGGCGUCCAGACCGUACUCAUUUCAUCUCCAGGGAGUGUAUGACCGCAGCCAGGGAGCUGGUUUUGCUCAAAGCCACUCUUCCGCCGCACCACCGGGGGUCCCAGGAGAGCCUGUUGCUCCUGGAGAGGUACGGACCUACAACUGGAGAGUAACCAAGAAACAAGGACCCACCAACACUGAAUUUGACUGCAAGACAGGGGCCUAUUAUUCUACUGUUGACAAGGAGAAAGACCUUCACUCGGGUCUGAUCGGUCCACUGGUGAUCUGUAAACCUGGGACCCUGCAGACUCGCCGGAACAUUCAACCAAACAUCCAGGAGUUUGCUCUGCUCUUCCACACUUUUGAUGAGACUAAGAGCUGGUACCUACAAGAGAAUCUGAAGCAGCAGUGUGUUCCACCCUGUCAGGCCAACACUGAGGACUCCUGGUACCACACCAGCAACAAGUUUGCAGCAAUCAACGGCUACGUGGCGGAGACACUCCCUGGUCUGUUGGUGGCCCAGCACCAGCAGACCAGAUGGCACCUGUUGAACGUGGGAGGAGAUGAAGAGUAUCAUGCCGUGCACUUCCAUGGUUUGCCUUUCACUGUUAAAACUGACCUGGAACAUCGCAUGGGCGUCUACAACCUCUUCCCUGGAGUGUUUGGCACAGUGGAGAUGAGCCCUCCCACAGUUGGCACAUGGCUGGUGGAAUGUACCUUAGGAGACUACCAGAUGGCUGGCAUGAGGGCCAAACUACUGGUGUACAACCCACGAUGUGUCCUGCCACUGGGGAUGAAAUCAGGACGGAUUGGGGAUUCACAGAUUUCAGCAUCAGACUACAUUGAUAACUGGAAGCCCAACCUGGCCAGACUGGAUCAGACAGGUUUUAUCAAUGCCUGGAUGGGUAAAAACAACAAGUCGUGGUUGCAGGUGGACCUCAAGAAGCCCACUGUGAUCCAUGGCGUGCAGACACAGGGAGUCAGGUCAAAGUUAAGGGAUCACUACAUCACAUUCUUCACUGUGGCCUACAGUCUGGACCAAGAGAGGUGGACGACAUACAGAGGAAACAGCACUGUGCUGCACAAAAGAUUUCGUGGGAACUUGGACAGUUCCAGGGUGACACCAAACUCCUUCUCUCCACCAAUUGUGGCUCGCUACAUCAGGAUUCAGCCUAUCGGCUUUGUGCAGAAGCCUGCUCUGCGACUGGAGCUGCUGGGCUGCGAUCUCAACAGCUGCUCACUCCCUCUGGGGCUCCAGAAGAAGACCAUACUUGACGGCAACAUCAUUGCCUCCUCGUUUUAUAGCUCUUUGAUGAGUAAGUGGAACCCCUACCUGGCCCGGCUCCAUCAGGAGGGCAGAACAAACGCCUGGAGGCCAGCGUAUGACAACCCACACGAGUGGCUGCAGGUGGACUUGGGUAGAGUAAAACGCAUCACAGGGGUCAUCGUCCAAGGUGCAAGCUCGCUGAUGACCCAAAUGAUGGUGACGGAGUUCGCUGUCAGUGUCAGUCACAAUAAACUGUACUGGAGUACAGUGUUAGAGGACAGCUCACAGAAUGAACAGAUCUUCAAAGGAAAUGAAGAUCCAGAUGAGGAAGCGCUCACAACAUUCAACCCGCCCUUGUUUGGCCGUUACCUUCGCAUCCAUCCACGGGGCUGGAUCAACCACAUCGCCCUGCGGCUGGAGAUCCUGGGCUGCGACACCCAACAGAUCACGUGAAACCAGCCAGGAUGCUGCAAUAUUUUAGCGGCUGUGUGUGUUAUAAUAAUUAGUUAAAUUAUUACUGUAUGUAGCCCUAUUGCUAUUACCACAAAGUUGUUUACAUUUUCCCCUUUUUAUUCACUUGGCAUUUUCUUACAAUUUUAAAAACUGAAUGUAGCUGUAUGAGGUCACAUUAUUGUAUGAAUGUAAUACUUCUGAUGAAGAUGAACACUGAUAAGCUGUGCAAACAGUAGAAACCUUUGUGAAAUUUAGGCUUGUAAAUAGAUUCAUUGAAAUAUUUAAAUUCUUUUUUCUUUUCUUUUUUGCAUUAAAGUUUAUUUAACCUACGGUUAAAAAUCA